UUCGACUCUAAUGUAUCAAGAUGAAGCUGUUCAUAACCAUUCUCACCCUAACUGCUGUUCUCUCAACUAGUGCUGAAUUUGAACAUGAAGCUUUUCUAUAUGCUGCAUGCUCUGAUGUGGAAGAAGAGUUUUACAUUGGAUAUGACGAAGAGGAAUACGGGCAUGUCGACUUUAAACAGAAGAGAGCAGUAGAGACACUACCUGAUUUUGUGGGACAAAAAAACAUAACAUUUCCCAGAUUUUAUGAAAUCGGUUCUGAUGCAAUAGUAGGAUGCAAACGUGACUUACCAAUAUUUAUUGAAAUAUUCAAGAGCCUACCACUAGAAAUAGAUGCACCCCAGACAUCCAUCUAUCCAAAGGAUGAUGUAGAGCUGGGUGUUCAGAACACUCUCAUCUGUCAUGCGACUGGCUUCUAUCCUCCAUCUGUCAACAUCUCAUGGACUAAGAAUAAUGUUAUUGUGACAGAGGGCAUAAGUUUAAGUCAGUACCGUCCAAGGACAGAUGAUACAUUCAACAUCUUCUCCACUCUUAAGUUCACACCUGCUGAAGGAGACAUUUACAGCUGUACUGUGAACCACAAAGCCCUCCAAGGUCAACCUCAGACCAAAAUAUGGGAUGUAGAUGUUGCCCUCCCAAGUGUUGGUCCAGCAGUGUUUUGUGGAGUAGGUCUGACUCUUGGGCUGUUGGGAGUCAUUUUGGGAACGUUCUUCCUCAUUAAAGGACACAACUGUCACUGACUAAUGAAGCCAUGGAAGCAA